GGUAGUAGGGUGAGAACAUUGAUAUUUGUGCAGUCAAUAGGUAAGUUUGUGUUAGCUAUUCGACUCAACCUUCCGUUUACUGACAAUUCUUCCAUAAUAGUCACAAUGUAGUAUGGAACCAUCCCUGGGCUGAUUUUUAGCUGGAUAUCGUGUCUUGAAAAGAUGAAGAUUUUAAAUAAGGCUGCAUUACAACACGCAGAAAAGGUUCUGUGGUCAUACUUACCAAAAGGCUUCAUGGCUUAUGGAUAUCUGUUUGGUAUGAAUAGAGACAAACCACAUACACUAGAGGUUGUUGUGGACUCCUGGCCUGAUUUUAAAACCAUCAUUUGUCGACCGCACCAAAAGAGUGAACACACCCUGCUUAAAAAUGAGGAACUGGCUUGCUUCAGUACUGAUGAGAAGGUUCUUAAGAGAAUGUUGACAGAAGACAGCAUCUUAGAUUGGAAUAAAUACUUGAAAAUUGGAGGGAUUGACAUGCUUCAUACCACCAUGUUGAAGGACAUUUCUGCCACAAAAGAUGUCACAAUGAGACCGUGUCAUGUAGCUCACCUCCUGGAAUUACAAGACCCAAAUCACCUUCCUCACCUGACAGUGAGCAGAGAUGUGGAGGCCAGGAUCUCCUCCCUGAAUGAAUCCCAUGUCGGUUUGGUGAAUAAAACCUGGAAAUAUGGAGAUAAUGAAAAAGGUUUUCAACGAAUCAAACAUCUGAUAAGCCACUUCCCCACAUGUUGCAUCACUGAUGAAGAAGGCCGUCCAGUUUCCUGGGUGCUGCUGUAUGAUUACUGUGCCAUGGGGAUGGUGUACACCCUGCCAGAGCACAGGGGGAAGGGCUAUGCCAAGAUCAUGCUGAGCACCAUGGCAGCAAGGCUCCAUGCCCAGGGUUACCCUGUGUACUGCUACACUGAGGAGGAGAACCAGGUCUCCUACAGGCUCUUUAAGAAAUUGGGCUUUACUGAAGACCCCUCCUACAGGGCUGCCUGGUAUGAGUUCAACUACUAAACCAGUAUUUCUUUUUAGGAAAAUUACUGUAGGAAAAAUUCACAGAACAAGUUGUUCUAUCUCCAUUUUAUGACAAAUCAAUCACAAGUCAAAAUCAGAUUAAACCGUCAAACUGUUAGAGUUGAGCAAGCUGGUUCCUCCAAAACUCUUAAAGCUUCAUGCCAAAAGUAUACCAAUAUGUAUGCGGCCUAUAAUCGAUAUAUAUCACAUGUAUGCUGCCUAUUACUCAUGUAAUCAAUAUGCAAGCCAAUGAACCUAUAUCAUUAAUUGCAGAUGAGCUUAUGGAAACGCAAGAAACCACAGUGUCAACUGUAGAAUAUGUAAUCCAAUGAACCUAUGUCAUUCAUUACAGAUGAGCUUAUGGAAACGCAAGAAACCACCAUUAAUCAAUUGUUAAAGUACGAUUAAGUAUGCCUACAUAUUUUCAAACUGAUUAACUGCUCAUUUGUGCUAGAAGUAUCGUGACCCAUAUGUAACCUGAAUUGAAUAAAAUAAUGUGUAUGCUUAAGAAAAGUUGGAAAAUACCGAAUGAUUCCUCUGUGUUAGAAAACUGCUUGCAGGGCAGGAUGCCUGGCGUUGUGGGGGUGGGCUAUCGAUGUUAAGGACAGUUCAGGUAUGAACCGUGCAGGACAGGAAGUCUUGUGUAGGGGGGGGGGGGGGUCUAACUUUGGCAAAGACAGUUUGCAGAACAGCUGUAUGCCUGUACAAUGCGAUAAGAACAUUUAUUUUUAUAUAGCCUGUGAUGCAAAAUGUCAUUUAUUUUUGAGCGUUUGAUGUAACAUGUCAUGUCAAUUAUUUUUGACAAGAACACAUUUGUGAAGGGCAGUUUGUAUGCCUGUACGAUGUGAUAAGAACAAUUAUUUUCUUAAGGACGGCUGACAAAACAAAACGUCAUUUAAGUUUCGGCAAUUAUUUUUUAAGAUCAAGCUGACAUUUUUAAGGAAAACAUUUAUUUUUAGAGAAUAGCAUACAAAGCGAAAUUAUAAUUUGGGCGAUUGCCACAAUGAUGAAUCAUUGGGUUUCAAAUUGUUGAAUUUUAAAUAAUUUCGUUUUUUUCUAUAUAAACCAGAUCUCAAAUCCUCCAAUUCUCAACCAACAGGCACAAAAAGGACACUCAAAGUUGCUAUACACAAAGCUCAAUCAAAUAUGGAUUCCCAUAAAGAACCACAUUCUUGGUCAUGUUGUUAGCUGUAUUAAAGAGAGCAGUGAUGGCUGAUGACCUGUGGUCUGCUUCAAAGCUUUGCUCUGCACUGCACAUUAGACACACCUGUCCGAGGUUUUGGACCCUGAUGCUGGGUUCUGUCAUAUAUUCGGGUAUUGGGUGUUAUACUCUGUUACUGCCACCAAUUGGCUAGUGCCUUACUAACUGUUCUGAUUUAAGAGACCUUCGGGUCACAUGUUGUUUCUGGAAGUAAAAUAAAGGGACGACUCUCCUGGUAUUGUUCAA